GGGGGGGGGAAGAGCCUCGAAAUCGAGGCCGCGAUCGAGACCGGGUUCGCGAUCGCGAUCGCGACCGUGUUCGCCAGGGUUGGCCAAGACGCGGCCACUCGACGCUAGGUGGCACUGAGCUGCUGGCAGACGAUGGACAUACUGCUGGAAACAUGGAUGGACCCUGUGCUGGAUGCGGUUUAUGUGGCGCUUGGUGUGGUGCUGGUGCUACGGCUCGGCGGAUGGCUCGGGCGGCUGUGGGCACUCGACCGUGAGGCACGACGGAGUGCUGGCCCGCGGCUACACCCGUGGCACAGGCGGGUGGUUGGGAGGAGAGACAGUGUGUGUGCUGGUGAUGACGAUGGUGCUGGUGAUGAUGCUAGCAGUGGCGAUGACUUUGCGGAAGGUGCAGAUCAGCUGUGGCUCGCCGAAUGCGACGACGACAGCUUCGCUGACAGCGACGCCGACAGCGACGCCGAAUGUGACGACGACAACUUCGCUGCCCACUGGCUGGCCAAGAUCGCCUCGUGGGACGAGCAUGCUGGCGGCAAGAGGUGAAGAGGGUACACGCUAGAUGUUAUUGGCUCUAGCAGAGAGAUAGAGUGGAGGAAAGGUACUACGAGCGGAUGCCAUAGGUAGCGGUGGUCGAGGGCACGGCGCGCGAGCGGAGCUUGGCGCCGUAGCGCAGCUGCGAAGCGUCGGAGGUCAGGUACGACGACGAGGGCGCGGCGGUGGCGAGGUCGGCCGAAGUCGGCGGCGAGGUAUGCGAGAUGGUAAACGCGUCCUCGAGCUCGGGAGUGGCCUCGCGGGAGGCGCCUGCACGGGCCUCGGCGAAGAGCGACUCGAG